UUGCUGCAUAUUUGUCGGCUGUACAUCCAUGAUCCGAAUCUCCCGUUCCACCACAUCCCAAACGUGCUCUAUUGGAUUGAGACUGACUUGGUCCUUCCUUGUACCUGAACUUCUCUGAAGCAUUUUGUUCCAGCAGGUUUCCUGCAGAAAUCCAACACUCCAAGCUUGUAAACUGACCCAACUCAGAAAAUAAAAGUGAUACCGGGCUAGCAUCUCUGCAGACCUCUGAGUCCUCCCAGCUCCCAGACUGAAUCCAGUUGUCGGGUUGAUUCUUUAACAAAUGUGGACGAGAGCUUUGGAUCAGAUCGGGACGGCUGCGCUCUACCUUGGACUGGUUCUGUCACAUCUGGUUGGAGAAGGCAGUUCUGUGAAGGUGUUCAGUCGACCUGGUCAGCUUGUCACUUUGCCGUGUUCCUACCAAUAUGAGAGCCGGACCAACAUUUCUCAGCUCUCGGUCCAGUGGAGGAGUCCCGCUAAUGAGCUGCUGUGUCAUUACAUUAAGCACAAAUCUUUCCAGAACUGCAGCACCGGGUACACCAUCCAUUACCGACCCGGAAACAUCUCACUCAUCAUCCAGCAAGUCCAGACCAAGGACAUCGGAACUCAUAUCUGCUCUGUCAGCAAACGUCACGAGUUCUCCGACUUCAGCGUGGAUCUGGACGGGAGAGCAGGUGGGCGUGGCUGGUGGGUGAUAUGCGGGGCUUAAAAUAAGCCCGUCCUAGUGUUUCUCAUAACCAAACAAACCAUAAACACAUUUUUCUAGGUUCCUCUCAAAGUAAAAAUGUCACGGCCCUUGGGGUAGUGCUGUGAUUUCUCCAGGAGAUAGAGCUGUUCAGCAGUGACAUGGCCAGAUCUUUUAAAAUGGGGUGGCCCAAGUAGCGCACUUCCUUGUGCAUGGUUGGCACCAAUGGCUAUGCUUUUUCUUUUUUACCCCAAGCUUUUUGUGGACAAGUAUUUAUAGGAAAUUCAGUGGGGUGGCCAGUCAGAUUCCAAGGGUGGCAUGUGCUACCCCAGGCCACCCCCUGGACACGCCCCUGCUGUUCAGGACGUUGGCCUGCUCCUUUUACUACAGAGGAGCAGAGACAUCUGCAUACCUUGUUUCCGGUGUGCACACUGAGGUUUCAUGGAAACCAGUUAUUUGUGUCCUGGGCAAAACCACAUGCUGGGAAACCUGUGUCAAAACAGCGUUUUUCCCACUGGAUUGUGGAGGCACACUCCAGCAAGGGCCUCCAAGCCCCGUCUGGUCUACAUGCACCAGGGCUUCUUCCAACACAUUCGCUAAAUUUUACAAGCGUGAUGUGACGGCUCCUGUUUUGGCGCAUUCAGUCUUUUAGUGCAGGCACUCAUGUAGAGGCCUCUUGCUGAUGGGUCACUGGUAGCAAUUGUCAUUGUAACAGCUGGCUAUCCGGGGGUCAGUAUUUUUCCCCAUAGCGAGACACGAAAUGAAUGCUAGAAUGAAAGAGAACUCAAGGUUAUGACUAUAAACCCAUGUCUCAUGAGACCACCCUCCUUGCCGAUGAGCGAAGAGGUCAGCUUGUUCUUUGAUGAGUGAAGCUAUACCAGCCCUAUUUGUAGGGUGAGAGUCUGGCUCCUCCUCUCAUAGACGUCACCUAUGCCAGCUAACUGUGGCUGGCGUAAUGAUAUUUAAGUUUCUGACUAGGUCAUGCAGAAGGCGUUCCCGAUGGUGAGAUACUCACUCAUGCUAAUCAGACAGUCGGGGUCAUAGUGGUAAGUUUGCCUGUGCUGCUAGCCGUAGUUCUGUGUAUCCAUCUGUCCUCCCAUUGUCUUCCACUUAUCAGGGGCUGGGUCACGGGAAGAAACUUCAGCACAGAAGUCCAAACCUCCCUCCCCCAGCCAUUUGGGCCAGUUUCUUCAGGCAAAUCCUAGUGUGUUCCCAAGCCAGCCUAGAAACGUCCUCCAGUGUAUCCUCUCUCUGUUUCAGUAGACAAAAAUGUAUCCUAAACAGAGGAUUACAGCUCUUUAGCAGACCCAGGAAAAUACAAGCAACUCUGUUGUUAUCCUGGGCCAGACAUUCUCCGCCGCCACUAGCGUCCAACUGGCUGAUACGGUUCCCCUCCAGUUAUGGAGCGGGGAUCCACGAUAGGGUCGCUGACUGGACUUGGGGUUCCGAAUGUCCUUGCUUCCCCUGCUGCAGAGGACGAUCGCUGGUUUCAGCAGGGGGCGAAUCCUAAAGCCCCAACCAGCUCCACUCCAGUCGUGUCAGGUGUCUGGUCCACAGUCGCGCCCAGCUGCGGUGGGGGAGCAUGGGGCGCUUGCCACCGCUCUCCUCCCUCCCGCCUGCCACUGACCAACAGGUUUAGAGCCCUGGAUCCAGACUCCUCCCGACAGCUCCCGGACCCCACCGCUCCGCAGGAUCACCGCUGGAGCCCUCUCAGCCCCUUUCUCUCUCUGGCCGAUACAGAGACGCUGAUGCACGCUUUCAUCACCGGUAGAUUUGAUUACUGUAAUGCCCUGCUAUCUGGUCUUCCCAAAAAAAGUACCCCAGGUUUACAACUCCUACAAAAUUCAGCUGCUCGUGUCCUGGUGAAGACCAGGAGGCAGGAGCACAUUACACUUGUCUUAAACAAGCUGCAUUGGCUUCCUGUAUGUUUCAGGGUCGAUUUUAAGGUUCUUUUAAUGGUUUUUAAAUGUCUUAAUGGUCUUGGGCCUUCUUAUCUCUCAGAACUGCUUCAUAAAUACGAGCCUUCGCGGUCCCUGCGCUCCUCUAGCAGCCAUGUCCUCGUCAUUCCAAAAGCCAGGACACACUCCCAAGGCGAGGCAUCCUUCCAGUUAUAUGGCCCUCGCCUCUGGAACGGUCUGCCAGAGGACCUCAGGACCGUAGAGAGUGUUCUUGUUUUUAAGGCCAGGCUCAAGACUCACCUUUUUAGUAUAGCUUUUAAUUGAUUUUGAUCUAUUGUAGCCUGUUUUACCAUCUUUUAUAUAUUUUAUCAGUGUUUUAUUACUUACUCUUUUACUUAAAUGACACAUUUUCUUAAAUAUUAAUUUUAACUUGUAAUAAUUAUUAGUUUUAACCAGUAUUAUCAAUCUGUUGUACAAUAUUUUUUUUAUAAAUGUAAUUAUAUGUUUCUACUUGGUUAUCUUUUAUCAGUGUGUUUUAUUUAGAUUUUUAAUUAUCAGCAGUUUAUGCUUAAUUUGUUUCUUAACUUGUUAUCUUAGUCUCAUUAGUAAACCAGUGUUUCCUCUGUGGGGGCCGGCUGCCCCGGGGGCAGCGGUGUCCGGGGUGCUUCUCGUGCCCAGGCUACUGCCCCUGAUCCUGCUGCUCCCGGUGCAGUUGGCCCGGGAAAGUUGUCUUCUU